AAAUAUUUUUGUUACAGCUGACACUAAAUAAAAAAUUCUUAAUUUUUAAUUGAUUUAAACGAAAAUAGAACUAUAUUUUUCUGUGUAUGUAUUAGAACAUCAAUUUUUGAGGUUAAAACACAGUACCUACAUGGCUUUAGAAAGAAUGUUAGGAUAAAUAGACCGCAAAAAAUCCUGCUAAGAAUUUUUCAAGCAUUGAACACUGAAAAGCUGGUGAAGAGCACUGAGGUUAAAAAUUAAAUACUGUCAAAAUGGAUGCAAUUAAUACAUUUGGACAACGACAAGAUUCAUGGUCAGGAGAUUUUAUGGAUCCCGAUCAACAAGACAACCAACCGUAUGGCGGAAAAUCGCGAAGGGAAAUCAUUGAGGCAAUGUUAGACGCGAAUAGCUUUUUAUUACCAGAAGCUAAAAUGAAAACACUGAAAUCGUUUUUGAGCAUACCUCAACCCAACGAUUGUAUAAGAGAUCCUGUUAAAGAUGCUGCCUAUUCUGAUAAAGAAUCUUGCGGAGUACAUGGGGUCUUGCCAUGUAAUUUGGAUGAAAAAAGAGGAUCAUCUAAGUUUACCGUAGAUAAUAAAAAUUCAUCUUCUCGUGGAGAUAGAUCGAAUGCAGCUGAAACUCGAAAUGAAAGAAAUCAAUAUCGUCGCGAAACCCGAGAUGUCGGUCCGCGUAACCGUCAAAGAAGUCCUUCUGACCGUGAAAGAAGUUCUCUAGAACGAAAUGGAAGCUCGCAUAGUCGCCGAGAUGCCAGAAAUACGUCGCUGGAAAGAAGGGCGCGUAUAGAUGAGAGAAUAGAUUUUAGACCGCCACUAGAUAAUCCUUAUGAGCCAGAUAGAGUUGAGCGUUUUAAGGAUCCAUUUAAAUACACCAACCAUGCAAAAAAACGAGGUAGAGAGUGUCUUGAAGUAUAUGGAAAAACGUCAUGGAACUAUGAAGAAGAAAGCAGAAACAAAAAAGCGAGAUAUGAAGAGGAAGAUCGCAACGGAAGUUACCUUUCUAUGACAAAGCAACAUGAAACGAUAGACCCGUCCGUUUUAAGACAGGAAUCGUAUAUACAUAGUGGAAAAAGCCCUUUGGGAUAUGAUCGGGCUUCGAAUUUGUAUGGACAGAUACCUACUUCCGGCGGCGAAAGAAGUCAAGUCAGUCGUGAAACCCGAGGAAGAAGCCCUUCCACGAGCGAAAGAAGUCAACUGCACCAGGCCACCCGUGGUAGAAGUCCAGUCGGCAGUGCAAGAAAUAGUGAUAGGCGGAGAAGAAGCCCUUUUACUAGUGAAAGAAGUCACUCGAGUCAAGAAACGCGUGGAAGAAGCCCUUCCACGAGUGAAAGAAGGCAACGGCACCAAGCCACCCGUGGUAGAAGUCCAGUCGGCAGUGCAAGAAAUAGUAAAACGCGUAGAAGAAGCCCUUCUACUAGUGGAAGAAGUUGUUCGAGCCAAGAAACGCGUGAAAGAAGUCAACUGCACCGAGCAGACCGUGGACGAAAUCCAUUAGCCAUCGGGAGAAAUGUCUUUCAUGGUGAAACUCGUAGAAGAAGCCCUUCUACUAGUGAAAGAAGUAGCUCGAGACAAGAAAAACGUGGAAGAAGCCGCGAAAGGGAUCAAUUUCGUCCUGAAUCUCGUAAACUAAGUCCUCUUAACCAUGAAAGAAGUUCUCUUGAUCGAAAUAGAAGCUCGGAUAAUGGCCGAGAUGUCAGAAAUAGGUCGAGGGAAAGGAAGACGAUCAUAGAUGAAAGAAUAGAUUUUAGAACACCACGAGAUAAUCAUUCUGAGUCAGAUAGAAUUGAGCGUUAUGAGGAUAGAUUAUGUUAUCCUGGUGAGGAUGUUGCAGCUUCUAGUAAGCGUGAGACUGAAUUAAGAUAUGGUAGAGGUUUUAGUGGUAACUGCGACGCUCUUAUGGAUAACGGGUAUUUGAAUUAUAAGAGGGAGGAUAUUAUUGACUUAUGUGUAGACGAGGAUGAACCGCCCUUCCAUAGAAAGUUGAUGGAAGACGGAGGAUGGAAGAGUGCAAUGGAGAAUAAGACGAUAGUUGUUCCCGAACGAUUUCCAGACAAACGAUUCACUGAAUUUGAAACAAGAAUAUUUUAUACUUUCAUAUCGUCACACAUCGCGUCUACUAUACCGAAAGGAAUUGAGAACCCACAAAUUGAAAAUGGUACUUUCGUGGAAGGAGCACUUAUCAUCACGACUAAAGAUGAGUACUCGAAAGUGAUGCUUGAAAUUGUGAUUCCGAAGCUAAAGGGAUAUAAUGGUACUAACUUCAGAAUCGCACACAUAAAUGAAUUAUCACCCAUAGCAAUUAGCACCAUGAUGGCUCCUGGGCAGUAAACGCUACUAAAAAUAUAUCGACUACGUGAGUUCAACAAACUCAGGACCAAAGGGUUCCUCAUGCUCAAAUCCCAAGGAACUUUAAAGCCAAAACCACGGUUCCUAAAGCAGAAGGGCAGGAAUUUCUAGAAAAAAUCCUAACGCCGAAACACCAGGAAGUUAUAAACAAAAUCUCCCAAGUCUGUCAGAGAACCACAAAGUCUGCGGUUUUGUUACGAUACCCAACAUCCAAAUCUGACCUAGGUCCACCCUGACUACCCAUACUUAAUGGUACUAUCUAACUUCUUGAAUAGACGAAUGUCCUUCCCGUAAAACAUGUCUUCGUUCUACCCUGAGGGUACCGCUAUGAAUGCUUGGAACAAAGAGAAAAGACAAUUUUAUUUUCUCUUUGUAUCAUGCUAUGAAUGUACUAAAAUGGAAAUUUCGAGAAAUACGAGCCGGCUUCGAUGGAAGAUCGAGAACAAUGAAAACAUAUAUACAGGGUGUCCAGAAAGUCUCCUGAUAAAGGAAGACCGAAGAUUCCUCAGAUAAUUUUAAGACAAUUUAAUCCAAUUCUCUUAGCCCGAAAAUUCUUCCCAAGGCGCAUCAAAGAAACAUGAAACGUAAAUUACGUUUCAUGGAAAUAAAACACUGUUAAACAAAUAUACGUCCGGCCAUUUAUGAAACUCUCCGAAAAUAAAAAUGUGUCAUGAGCAUGAAUCACUCUCGUUUCAUUGGUAGGCGGACUUUGAGAUUUGUUUAGCAGUGUUUUAUUUUCAUGAAACAUGUUUCACGUUUCAUGUUUUUCGUUUCAUGUUUCUUUUGUGUGCGGCUUGCCUUAGGGAGCAAGAGCUCGUUGAAGAUGGAGUCUUGUAAUUAGUUUUUUUUUAAUACCUCCAGAACGCUUCCAUUUAGAGAACGAAACCCGGUACGUCUAUUUAUCUUGCAGUGAUUUCAUCCAUGAAAAUCCAUUCCAUCAAUUGCGAAUUUCUAAUACCGGUCAUAGACGUCCGUUUUGGAUAGGACAACGGUUAUUUUAUCGCAUAACUUUUUUGCCUUUAACUUUUAAGCAUGUCUCAUUUUUUUUUUCAAAUUCAAAAAACGACAAAUUUUCAAAUCGAUUUUUCUAGAAAACGGUGUAUCCUACCGACUUAAAGCAAGAGUACCUUUUAGUACUAGAAUACCACACAAUUUAAUAAUCCAGUGUCAAAAAUGCUUAAAAGUUAAAGACAAAAAAGUUAUGCGACAAAAUAACUGUUGCCCUACCCAAAACGGACGCCUAUGACCCGUACUAGAAAUUCGCAAUUGGUGGCAUCGAUUUAUCUCUGGAAGAUAAGUAGGUGUACCAGUUUUCGUUUUUCUAAAUAGAAGUGUUCUGGAGGUAUUUAAAAAAAAAACUAAUUGCAAGACGCCAUCUUCAAAGAGCUCUGUCUCCCUUAGGAAGCAUUUUUGGACUAGGUGAAUUGGGUUAAAUCGUCUUAAAAUUAGUCUUUGUUGUAGUUAAAUUGUCUUCGAUUGUCAGGAGAGUUUCAGGACACCCUGUAUAAAUAAAAUAAUUUGAAACGCUCAUUCAGUCUGAAUACUUACUUACUUUCCGUGUCCGGAACACCAACAGCUUUAAAUUAUAUAUUUCCAAUGGUUGGCCACGUAGAUAGCCCUGUCAUUUGAUAAAAUUAAGUCUUCUUUGCAGGUCUCUCUCAUCUCUGUGCAUGAUAGUAGAUGUCGGCUGGUCUGAACCGCGCCACAGUCGCAGGUAUCGUCCUCCUGGUAUCCCCAUUUUUUCAGGUUACUAGCACAACGUGAAACGCCGGUUCUUAGUCUGUUUAGCGCUUUCCAAGUCGGAUACGGUAAAUUGUGUCCAGCAGCCAUUUCCUCUGAUGGAGGAAAAUGUGUUGUGGUAGCUGACGCUUGCCAUAGGUGUAUUCGGCGCGUCUCUGGCGCUUCGGGGAUGGAUCUUGAUGGUUUCAGAAAACCUUUCCGAUAUCUUACGUCUACUUGGCUGAGUUUUUUGGUCAUAUAAGGGGUGUCUUCGGUCCGUCUCCUGCUUUUUUCGUUCUAACUCUGACGUGACCUUCUUCCUGAUAGGUGGUGGGGCAAUCCCAGCUAUGAGGUAUACCUCUUCGAUAGGUGUCGGUUUCAGGCAACCCGAUAUUAUACGAACCGUUUCAUUUAGAGCCACGUCGACGUUCUUUGUGUGAGCAGAGUUUGCCCAUACUGGAGCUCCAAACUCCGCGGCCGAAAAACAUUCUGCUAAGGCAGAAGUGCAGAGAAUGUGUGGUUGUGCUUCCCAUUUUGUGUUUUUUAGCUUGCGGAUGAUAUUAUUUCUGGCACUUACUUUCAUCUUGACAGUGGUAUUGGUAAGACAGAGUUCUAUCCAGACGUACGCCGAGGUAUUUUGGCGUCUCGUUGUGUUCCAGCAUCUGACCACGCCAUUCCACCUCCAGCGACCUUCGAACAUGCUUGUUUCUAAGGCGGAAAGCACAUACCUGGGUUUUUGUGGGAUUGGGUUUCAGAUGGUUUUCAUCGUAGUAUAGAGCUAAGUCUCCCAGGGCAUCUGUCAGUUUCACUUCGACUUCAUCGAAGCUUCUUCCUUGAGCUGCCACAGCUGUAUCAUCUCAGCGUAAAUAAAUUGCCUUGUUUGUUGGUGUAUGGGUUGGUCGUUGUAUAUGUUGUAUAGAAUCGGCUCGAGGACACUUCAGUGUGGGAGCCAAUUUUUUUGGUCCCUCCACCGACUGGAGCGUUACGUAGAAGCGUCUAUUCUGGAGGAGACAUUUCACUAACAUUGUUAGUCGGAAAUUCUUUGUAGUUUCGUAGAGUUUUGCGAGUAGCCGUUGAUGGUUAACCGUGUCAUAGGCGGCAGUUAGGUCUAUGAACGCCACUCCUGUUAUUUCUUUCCGUUCAAAACCAUCUUCAAUAUAUUGGGUGAGAUUAGGAAUUUGACUGCAGCAGCACUUUCCGGGUCUGAAUCCUGAUUGUUCUGGAUAGAAAAUCGAUAUUGGUUGUACGCGUUUUUAAAUCGGGAAGUAUGUACAAUAGGAAAAAUGAAAGAAUAUGCAUGCGUCAUCGAUGAUAUGCAUACGAAUCAAAUCAAAAAUUUCUAGUCAAAACAACGUCUAAACUAAGUUAAUACUGUAAAAAACGGAUGUGACUACUACCCCACCGUACGAUUUUUCGCUUUAAGUAAAUGUGUCACAAACUUUUUGUGAUGUUAUUCUUUUUCUGAUAAUACCUAUAUAUUUAUUGGUAAUAAAUGUUACUUUUAAUACCGUAAUUAAUUAUUUGAUAUAGAUUAAUAAUACAAAAAUACAUAAUGAGUAAGCAAAUAAUAUAGUAUUAUGAAUUUCUCCAUGUUAAAAUUGCCGGACGUAAAUAGUAACAGGAAUUUAUAAAAUGUCGUUUAUGUCAGCUGCAUUAAUGCCCGGUUGCACCAACAGAUCUUAAGCUUAAGUCGAGAAUAUAAGAAUUCAUAUAAUAUAAUUAUAAUAUAUUACAAUAAGAAUACCAUAAUAUAAUAAUAGAUAUAAUUGAUAAUAGGGUAAGAAUCUAAAAUUAUGGUGCAACGUAAGUGAUACUCAAGGAGGCCCUAUCUAUAAGUAGAGCUUAGCUAAGAUCUGUUGGUGCAAUCAGGCAUAAGUGACUUAAAUGAAAGUAAACUUACUGAAUUCAGAUCAUUUUGGCAUCCAGAUCAUUUUUCAGACAUUAUCUGCAAAUAAAUGUACAUUCGUAAAAAUAUACUAAUCUGUAAUUUUAUACACUAUGAUUGAAAAGUCAGAGUAAUAUGUACACGUUUGGCAAACUCAUAGACGGAAGUUAACCAUAUUGACAGAUGAUUACUUACAAAGGGCCUAGCCGGGUAAGAUGGUGAAAAUUGCCCCCAACUCAAUUUAAAUUCCAUAUAGGUCACUUUUUAUCACAUAUAGAGGAACUCACUUUCUGAAAUUUUUAGCCCCCUAGGUGGUCAUGUGACCCCCCUAGAGCCUAAUUAGGCUUUUUAUGUUUUUAUUUUUUAUCUCAGCCGCGUCAAGAGCUAGCCAAAAACUUUAUUUAAAAAAGUUGUAAGUUUCAAAAAGAUCUAUAUGAAAAUUUUUUUUUUUUAAUUUUUUGGCGGGAAAUUCGAAUUUUUAGAACAAUUUUAACCUUUUAAAUAACUCUGAAAAAAAAAACUAAGACACUCGUUUUUACGAAAAUCAAUUAUAAUGUGUAUUGUUGCACAAUGUUGUUUAAAAAUAAAAAACCGCAUUUUUUUUGGUUUUUUUUUUUCGUUUUUUGAUAUAAUUUUAUACAUAUUUUUCAAAAAAGGUAACACCGUCACUAGAAUAGGUAAAAAAAUGAAAAAUAAUUGGGGUUUGCUUAAUAAAUUUUUUUUGUAACGCCAUCCAUUUUCAAGAUACAGGGCGUUGAAGGAAACAAAAUUUUACACAUUUUUUACGAUUUUGCCGAAACUACUGGCAACAUUGCAAUAAAAUUUGGCAGGUUUUAAGAGGUAGUUAUUGUGCAUUUUUGCCAUAUAAUUAAGAAUUUUAUAUUCAUCAUUGGCGCGCAUACGGGUAAUGGUCUGAAUUUUUAAAGGACAAAAGAUGGUACGCCACUGACAUAUUUCAAAUUAACAAUCAUUUUUGAAUUCCUCGUUCCAUUUGUGACAAAAAAUCUAUCUUCCCAUUUUUUCAUACUCCGCGCCGUUUUGUUGCAAAAAAUAAAAUAUCUUAACGCUUCCAAAGUAUUCGAAUUAAUUUUUAUUCGCGGUGUGCAAGUACUUGGAAAGGGAAACGAGAAACGACCGUGCGCGAGUCGCGGAGAAAUAUUGCAACUAUCUUAAAUAAUUCAUAUUGUCAAUUGAAAUUGUCAAAUUGACGUAUAUUUCAUACCUUCUGUCAUUGACUUAGAAAAAUUAUAUAUUGCUCCACAAUAUUGAUAUGAUAUGCAAUUAUUAUAUAAAGGUAAAUUUAAUUAAUUGUAUUUUGCUUGCAAUUUUGCAUUUUAAUAACUGAUUUUAUUUACUACAUACAAUUGUUUACGUUUGCUAAACAUAACCUGCAUCUUAUUUUUUUCUUCUUAUUAUUUUUUUGGACUAUGGUCUUGACAAUUAUCCAGCAACCAGGACUAAUAUAAUUGGCCAAUAUAAUUAAAAGUGCGAAUAAAAGUACAGAGCGUAGAAAUAGAGGUCGCUUUGCCGAACUUGCACGGUCGGAUGUACGAGUUUAUGUGUGUAGAUGUAGAAACUACUAGAAGUUCGAAUGCUUUGUAAGGAUUAAGAUCUUUUAUUUUUUGAAUAAAAAUGGCGCGUCGUAUGAAAAAAUAAGAGGAUAGAUUUUUUGUCACAAAUUGAACGAGGAAUUCAAAAACGAUUGUUAAUUUGAAAUAUGUCAGUGGCGUACUAUCUUUAUUCUUUAAAAAGUUCAGACCAUUACCCCUAUGCGCGCCAAUGAUGAAUAUCAAAUCCUUAAUUGUAUGUCAAAACAUGCACAAUAACUACCUCUUAAAACCCGCCAAGUUUUAUUACAAUGUUGCCAGUAGUUUCAGCAAAAUCGUAAAAAAUGUGUAAAAUUUUGUUUUCUUCAACGCCCUGUAUCUUGAAAAUGGAUGGCCUUACAAAAAAAUUUUAUAAAGCAAACCCCAAUUAUUUUUCAGGUUUUUACCUAUUCUAGUGACGGUGUUACCUUCUUUAAAAAAUAUGUAUAAAAUUGUAUCAAAAAACGAAAAAAAACCGAAAAAAUGCGGUUUUUUAUUUUUAAAGGUACGUUUCACCAAUUUUAAAAAUCUGAAAAAAAUCAGGGUGAAAGAUUGUGCAAAAAUACACGUUAUAAUUGAUUUUCGUAAAAACGAGUGUCUUAGUUUUUUUUUUCAGAGUUAUUUAAAAGUUUAAAAUUGUUCUAAAAAUUGGAAUUUCCCGCCAAAAAAUAAAGAAAUUUUUUUCAUAUAGAUCUUUUUGAAACAUACAACUUUUUUAAAUAAAGUUUUUGGCUAGCUCUUGAUGCGGCUGAGAUAAAAAAUAAAAACAUAAAAAGCCUAAUUAGGCUCUAGGGGGGUCACGUGACCACCUAGGGGGCUAAAAAUUUCAGAAAGUGAGUUCCUCUAUAUGUGCUAAAAAGUGGCCUAUAUGGAAUUUAAAUCGAGUUGGGGGCACUUUUCACCAUCUUACCCGGCUGGGCCCUUUUGUUGACUUAUUUUAAUUAAAUAAAUACUUACCAAACCAAAAAUACAAUAUAAUAUCAAAAUAGCUUUUAAAAGAACUGAGUUUAUUCAAGUAAAUACGACUGAUUAUUAAAAUUUAUAAACUCUACCGAACCUAACCCAGUUUCAUUGUCAAAGUGACAGAAAUUGAAUUUGUCAGAUUAUAGUUGACCAGCACGAUUACUCGAAUAGUAGUUUAUACCAAGGUUCAUAAAUAGACCUUGGUCCUAGGGACCUUGAUUUAUACAAUCAUUAUCUCCUGAUGUUGAAGGUUUUUCUAAGAAUGACAGAAGUACAGAAAUAGUCAAGUGUGAGUUUAAAUUUUCUACUAAAUUAAUAUAACUACGUUUUGUAUCGCCGUCUCACUCUGUCAAUUAUAAAUAUGUAACUGCGUAUGUCUUGGAUAACGUUUUUGCUUUGUAGACAACACUUAAUAAUCUAUCUCUCUCGUUUUUUAUUUAUAGAAAAAGGCAGCAAAUCCAAAAUAUGUGCUUGAUAUGAUCGUUCAUGGGUAUUCUUUCAUUUUUCCGACUAUGUACAUACAUAUGUAUGUAAUAUAUAAAUUAUUUAUUUAUAUUUUAGUGUAAAUAGUGUUAGUGUAAAUAAAUUCAAAAUAAGUAAAUAAAUUCAAAAAAAACUAAGUGAAGUAAGUGUUAAAAUUCAUGAAUAAAUUAAAAAGACUGUUGAUUCUGCACUGGUCGCGCAUAGUCUGUCAGACCCCAUAUUUAUUUAUUGUAUUGUUUGUAAAAUUUCAAAAAGUUUAAUUGGUUCUUCUUAAGUACCUAUACUGAUUUAAAUUUUUUUUUAAUAAAUAAUAAACUAA